AUACGCACAGAGCUGGGCGGCAUGGAUCUGAAGCUCGAGUUCACGCUGCACCUGCUGGGGCUGAAGGCGGCGGCCAACACCAUCGUGGGCAGCCGCACCGUGCGCGGCGUGAGCGGAGGGGAGAGGCACCGCGUGACCACUGCUGAAAUGAUGUCGGGCAUGUUUGUGGUGAUGGCGUUUGAUGAGAUCAGCACGGGGCUGGACAGCAGUGCGACGUACGACAUAGUGUCGGCCAUUCGCACCAUUGCCCGCGUGCGCCACACCACCAACGCCUUCUCCCUGCUGCAGCCGCCCCCUGAAGUGUUCAACCUGUUUGACAGGGUGAUAGUGCUGAGCGAGGGCAGCAUCAUCUACCAGGGCCCACGUGCGGACGUGCUGGCUUACUUUGAAGGGCUGGGGUACCGCAAGCCUCCUCAUGUCGACGUGGCGGAUUUCAUCCAGGAGAUUCCAACAGAGUCAGGUGUGGAGUUUGUGGCACCUGGCGCCGCCCACCUGAGCACGGCGCAGCUGGUGGAGGCGUACCGCAACUCGGCACACUACAGGGAUGUGAUGCGCGUGGUGCAGGGGGAGCAGGUGUGCAAGUCCGUGUGGGUGGAGAUGCAGCCGCCUAUCGACCUCACCUUCUCCGUCUCAGGCAACUCAGUCAUGGUGGCCAGUGUGCCGCCGCACUGCCACCUGGGCCAGCCGGACAUCACCUGCACUGACACUGUGCAUGCAGGGGACUCCGUCACGGGCCUGGCUCUCCCAGGAGCAGUCAUGCAGUAUGCCAAGGCAGGGGAAGGCGCAGGAGGAGGAGGGGGAGGAGAGGGUGGGGAGCAGGGGGGGUUUGUGAGUGCGGAGGAGCUUCAGAAGGAGCUGCUGGUUGCCGCGAAAGGGGGGGGAGGAGGCGGGAAGGGAGGGGAGGGGGAGGGAGAGGGUGCUGUGCGCCUGCAGCUGGAACGGCCGUUGGUGCAGGAGGAGGAGCCGUCACAUGCCAAGUUUGAGCAGGAGUAUGCCAUCCCGUGGUGGCCCAGCACGAAGCUGGUGGUGGGGCGGCAGUUCAAGGUGGCCAUCCGUAACACCUCCUUCCUCAUUGCACGCGGCAUGCAGGUGCUCAUACUGGGCAUAUUCACAGGCACAGUCUUCUACCGCAUCCCCAACACCGUCACCACGGCCACCUUGCAGCUGCGCCUCUCCAUCGCCUUCGCCGCCACCAUGGCCCUCGCGCUGGGGGGCUUUGCGCUCAUCCCCAACAUCAUCGACGAGCGCCAGGUGGUGGAGAAGCAGUUGGGUGCACGGUUCUACCGCUCCACGUCCUAUGUCAUUGCCAGUACCAUCUGCAACUUUCCAUUCUCGCUCGCUGAGGUGCUGAUAUACGGUCCGCUCGUGUACUGGCUGACGGGCAUGAGCGCAGCAGAUGGAGGGGCGCACUUCUUCCUCUUCCUGCUGCUGCUGCUCGCAGUGGACGUCAUGGGAGCCACGCUCAUCCGCCUCAUCGCCUCCGUCAGUUCUUCACGCGAAAUGGCGUCCAGCCUGGCAGGUCUGAUGGUCAUCACCUUUCUGCUAUUCACGGGAUUCCUGCUGACCAAGCCCAACAUCCCGCCCUGGUGGAUCUGGAUGUAUUACAUCAACCCGCUGCAGUACGGAGUCACGGCCAUCUGCAUCAACGAGAUCCUCUCCGGAUCAUACAACGAGCCCUGCAGCACAGUCAACACCACCACAGCAUCCUUCUGCAUGAACAAGCCCGCCGGCACAACAGCAGGAGAAGCCUUCCUCCAGUUCUUCGGCAUGCCCUCCUCCUUCGGAGCCGUCUGGAUCUCCUUCGCAGCCCUCCUAGGCUUCACCGCCAUCUUCAUCUCGCUCACCUUCCUCGCUGCUUCCCGCGUGCGCUUCAACGAGAAUAAGACGCCGCCAGCCAGCCGCCUGCCGCCCCUGCCGCCCCAGCGGAACGUGUUCCAGAAGGCUGUGCGGGCGGUGAAGAGGAAGAAGUCUGCAGAGGGGGAGGCGGGCAAAGGGGGGCAGGAGGAGGAGGGGAGAGGGGGAGGAGAUGCGGAUGAAGCACAGGCAAUGAUCGAGAGGGAUGCUGCUGCUGCUGGUGGUGGUGGUGCUGCUGAUGGUCGUUCCGAGGAUGGUGCAGAGGAGGACGGAGGGGAGAAGGCGGCCCCUCAGUCUCGAGUGCAGUUCGCCCCCACCACUCUUUCCUUCCACGACCUGCUCUAUGAGGUGGACGUGCCGGGCAUGAGUGAACCCAAGGUGCUGCUCAACAGUAUCUCAGGCUUCGUUCGCCCCGGCACCAUGACUGCCCUCAUGGGCUCCUCAGGUGCAGGCAAGACCACUCUAUUGGACGUGCUGGCAGGGCGCAAGACCAUCGGCCGCAUAAGAGGCGACAUCCUGGUCAACUCCUUUCCCAAAGUGCAGGACACGUUUGCUCGCAUCUCCGGCUACGUGGAGCAGAGUGACAUCCACACGCCCUUCAUCACCAUCCGCGAGUCGCUGCAGUUCAGUGCUGCACUGCGCCUCCCCUCCACCACCUCGCGCGCUGAAAGGGCACUCGUUGUGCAGGAGGCCAUGGACCUACUAGAGCUGCACGACAUAGCGGACAUGCUGGUGGGGUUCAUAGGCAUCAACGGGCUGUCCGUGGAGCAGGCGAAGCGGCUGACAAUCGGCGUGGAGCUGGUGGCGAACCCCAGCGUUCUCUUCCUGGAUGAACCCACCAGCGGGCUGGACAGCCGCGCUGCUGACAUUGUGGUUCGCGGCAUUAGGAACAUCGCUGCCACUGGCAGGAGCACGAUCUGCACCAUCCACCAGCCGAGCCGGCGGCUCUUCUUUGCGUUUGACUGGCUCUACCUCAUGAAGCGCGGCGGCGAGGUGGUUUACUUCGGCCCCAUCGGCCACAACGGCUGCAACCUCCUGAACUACUUCGAGUCUUUGCCGGGCCUGCCCAAGUGCCGGGAUGACCAGAACCCUGCCACCUACAUGCUGGAGAUGAUAGGGGCGGGCAUCGGCCAUGCGGCCAUGCGUGACUUUGCUCUCGACUACGCUGAGAGCGUGCUUGCUGCUGACAACCAGGAGCAACUAGAUGCGAUCCGGUUUGGCAGGGGCGAGUACGGACCAGAGCCCACGGUGAAGGGGUAUGCAGCGACGUUUGGCACCAUGACCCGCGUCGUCUUCCUGCGCCAGUUCCGCACCUACUGGCGCAACGUCUCCUACAGCUUUGGACGCAUCAUGUUUUCGAUCAUCCUGGGCCUCAUUCUCGGCAGCGCCUUCUGGCAGAUCAACUACACCACGACGCCCGGCUUUGCCUCCCGCCAGGGUCUCAUCUAUGUGGCGCUCGUGUUCGUGGCCGUGGUUAACGCCAACAACGUCAUCCCACAGGUGAACGCGGAGCGGCCAGUGUACUACCGAGAGAAGGCGUCCAACAUGUACUCUGCAUUCCUCUAUAACCUGUCGUGGGGGCUCAUUGAGAUGCCCUACCUGGCACUGACCACUCUCAUCUUCUGCAGCAUCUGCUUCGGCAUGGCGGGCGUGGCAACGGGCAGCGCAGCGGACUUCUUCCUGUACUGGCUCAACUUCUUCCUCUACUCCGCCUGCAUCACCUACUACGGCAUCUUCAUGGCCAUGCUCACGCCCAACGCCGAGCAUAUAUCUUCCUACGGCGGCAUCUUCAUGGCCAUGCUCACACCCAACGCCAAUACGGCCACUGUGAUCAUCCCUGUGAUAGUCAACAUAUGGAACAUCACAUCCAGCCUUGCCCUCCACCUCCCCAUCCUUGUUCCUCUCGUCGUUUCCUCCUGCGUUUACCCCCCCUUUCCCCUCCAGACGGCCACUGUGAUCAUCCCUGUGAUAGUCAACAUAUGGAACAUCACAUCCGGUUUCAUGAUCCCCAAGACAGACAUCCCCAGCUUCUGGGUCUGGCUUUACUACCUCAACCCCACUCAGUUCGCCCUCAACUCCCUCCUCUCCAUCGCUUUCUACUGCGACACCACCACUCCCGGUGGCCCCUGCUCUGCUCCUGGCUGUGCUACCAACCCUGCCGCCUGCCCCAACUGCACGUGCACUAGGAUUUCCGAUCAGGGGAACGUGCUGGCGUGGUCGGCGGCGGAGCAGCAGCGCUCGCUGAAUCGGGGCAACAUAGGGUGGAACGUGCUUGCGCUGCUGGCGUUUGUUGUGGUGUUCCGGGCAGGGGCUUAUCUCGGGUUGCGCUUUAUCAAGUAUAACCGCCGCUAG